UCGGCCGCCGUUAGGGCCGCGCAGACGGAGGCUUCGAGGCGGGAGCCGGCUGAGAUGUCGCGUCCUCAGUCCCUUUAAGUGCCAGGCGGGAAGUUCGACGGAAGCCUCCGGAGAACCUCGGCCUCCCGGCUCUGGACCCACGCGCGCAGCGGGGCUGCCGCCGUCCCUGCCGCAACGGGAGUGGGACUAAGAGCAGCGAAGAAAUACCCACUCAGCUCAGAUGGAGGAAAGUUGGAAAAUUCAUCUGGCGGCAGAAAGAUAAAGCUUGUGUGACUCAGUGGACUCCAUCCCCAUCACUCAGAUCUCUAGCAUCUGCAUCCUUGCCCAUUUUCUCUGGGGGUCUUCUCCACUACUGUCCCUCACAUUUGGUCUAACAACCCCUGCCUUCAGGAAGGGCCUCCGAGGCCACCGGGACCCAGCCCCCUGCUCCGCCCCUCCCUGUUCCCACCCCCAUCGAGGUGCAGGCUAAGAGGGACCUCAGGAAGAGAUGCUCCUGGUGAAGCGUGGGCCAGUUCCACGAGGCCUUUCUCCUCUCCUGCAGGGGACUCUUGUCCUGGAAGGGUGGGGGCCGUCUGUGCCCAUCCCGGCCCUGAGUUAGGCGAAGAGGAAGGAGUUUGCGAGGUAGCUGGAGAGCCACCGGCAGCCAUAAUCCUGUUCCCUGGCAAACGAAGGCCACAGAGCAUCUUUCUCCUGUUUGGCCCCAACCAAUCCUACAUGUGCCUCCCUCCCAUUGGCCCAGGAAAGGUGUAGCCAUGGCUCUGGGGCUCUUCCGGGUGUGUCUGGUGGUGGUGACAGCCAUCAUCAACCACCCGUUGCUGUUCCCGCGGGAGAACGCCACAGUCCCCGAGAACGAGGAGGAGAUCAUCCGCAAGAUGCAGGCGCACCAGGAGAAGCUGCAGCUGGAGCAGCUGCGGCUGGAGGAGGAGGUGGCCCGGAUGGCAGCCGAGAAGGAGGCGCUAGAGCGGGUGGCGGAGGAAGGCCAGCAGCAGAACGAAAGCCGCACGGCCUGGGACCUGUGGAGCACACUGUGCAUGAUCCUCUUCCUGGUGAUCGAGGUGUGGCGGCAGGACCACCAGGACGCGCCUUCACCCGAGUGUCCUGGCGGGGACGAGGACGAGCUUCCCAGCCUGGAGGGUGCCCCGCUCCGGGGCCUCAGCCUGGCCAACAAGGGCACGCUCGACCACUUCUAUGAGCGCUGCAUCCGGGGGGCCACGGCCGAUGCUGCCCGCACCCGGGAGUUCGUGGAAGGCUUCGUGGAUGACCUGCUGGAAGCCCUGAGGAGCCUCUGCAACCGGGACACAGACAUGGAGGUGGAGGACUUCAUUGGUGUGGACAGCAUGUAUGAGAACUGGCAGGUAGACAGGCCGCUGCUGUGCGACCUCUUUGUGCCCUUUAUGCCCCCUGAGCCCUACCAUUUCCACGCAGAGCUCUGCUGCUCCCGCCGCUCAGUGCCUUUGGGUCGCCAGGGCUAUGGUCAGAUCAAGGUGGUCCGGGCCAACGAGGAUUCGCUGGGCUGCAUCUGCGACAAGACCAAGCUCGGGGAAGACAUGCUGUGUCUCCUUCACGGCAAGAACCGCCUCGAACGGCCUGGGGGUGAGGUGGAAACGCUGCUGUGUGCCCGAGACUCCCCCUACCUGGACACGCUGCAGGUCAUGAAGUGGUUCCAGACGGCCCUCACCAGAGCCUGGCACCGCAUUGCCCACAAAUAUGAAUUCGACCUGGCAUUUGGUCAGCUGGACACCCCUGGGUCCCUCAAGAUCAGGUUCCGCUCAGGGAAGUUCAUGCCCUUCAACCUGAUUCCUGUGAUCCAGUGUGACGACUCGGACCUGUACUUUGUCUCCCACCUUCCCAGGGAGCCCUCUGGGGAGGCCCCGGCAUCCAGCACUGACUGGCUCCUGUCGUUUGCCGUCUAUGAGCGACACUUCCUCCGGAUGACAUCGAAGGCGCUGCCUGAGGGUGCCUGUCACCUCAGCUGCUUGCAGAUUGCCUCCUUCCUGCUGUCCAAGCAGAGCCGCCUGACCGGCCCCAGCGGGCUCAGCAACUACCACCUCAAGACGGCCCUGCUGCACCUGCUGGUCUCCAGGCGUCCUGCUGACUGGGAGGCUGGGCAGCUCGAUGCUCGCCUGCACGAGCUACUCUGCUUCCUGGAGAAGAGCCUGCUGGAGAAGAAGCUCCAUCACUUCUUCAUUGGCAACCGCAAGGCACCCAAUGCCGUGGGCCUACCUGAGGCCGUUCGCCGGGCCGAGCCUCUCAACCUCUUCCGGCCCUUCGUCCUGCAGCGAAGUCUCUACCGGAAGACGGUGGACUCCUUCUAUGAGAUGCUGAAGAAUGCCCCAGUGCUCAUCAGCGAGUAUUCCCUACAUAUCCCCUCGGACCACACCGGCCUGCCCCCAAAAGCUGUUGUCUUGUAGAGCACUCAGGACCCAGAGGGCCAGGGUGCAGGACACCCCACAUGUCCACACCUCUCGGGGCAUCUACGGGCCCUGUCCUGAGAAAAUGCUGGGCUUCAUCGGGAGCCGUGGCUCAGCCCACCAGGGAAGCCUGGCCCUACAGCCCCGAGGAAAGAAUUCCAAGCUGGAAGCUGGUUUGCUUUCAUGCCAGCUGGGGCCUACUGGUGAGGUUCUGGUCUGGGGUUGGUUGACCCUUUGCAGCUUACUUUUGGAUCACCACAAACGGCCAAGAUGAUGGCAAAAUACUCCUUGGACACUAAGUUAAAGAUAAUGCAAACAUCCAUUUGGGUGCAAUUAUUACCUCCCAAGUCCAGUCUUUACUUGGGUAUCAGCAAGGAUCUACAGGAGUCCUGAUGGGGCAGUGUGUUAAGACCCAGGACCCUAUUUCCAGUCACUCUUGGCCGUGGGCAUCUGCACCCAAGGCACUAACAGGGACAGCUGUGGGAAUCUGCAAUCUUCCAUCCUCAGCCUACAAAACAGGAGUCUCCCUGUGGCUGCCAUUUUUUAAGCUAUUUGGAGAAAAGACCAGGUAGUGGUUUGAGGCCCCAAGAGGCCAGUGUCUCUGUUGCACAGAAGUGGACACUUGGUGGCAGAGAGAAGUUUCACGUGGCCACUUUUUCAGCUACACGUCUCAGGGUGCACUCCCUCACCCUACCCCUUCCCCCAGUGAGCUGAGCACUGUGGGUGCCACAUACCAUGUGGGGUACAGACUCCAUAGCCCCUCACCCCUCUGUAUUCUCUCCACAGCUGGACCACACGUGGUCAGGGAGGGCAGAUACCGAAGGUGGAAGUUCUGGGAGACACGGGGUGAGAGGGAUAAAGGACAGAACCUAUACCCAGGGUACUGGGGCCUGGCUCACAGCCUGACCUCUGAUGCCCGGUUCAGAGAAAGUUCCAGAGCUGAGAAGUGACACAUGCCAUAGCCCUGAGUUUUCCUCAGCAGGGUCUGUCCCAGUGCAGGGCAUGCCUGGAGGCCAGGGGAGACCCAGCUAGCUCCAUCUGAUGCCCCCAAGACCUGCUCUCUCCAGUGGGGCUCCCUCCCUGCACAGAACCCUCCUUACCAGCCAGCCACACAGAUGACCAAGACCCAGAGAGGCCCAGCUAACUGGGAGCACACAGGGAUGGCCCUGAAGACCCAGUGCCCGAGCCCUAGAGUGGUCACCUCGGCACUGCCAGGGGCCGCGGCCACUGGGCAGGUGCCAGAGGCUGUGGGGGGAGCUGGCCGGUCUCCCGGCCCAUUUAGGGGUGUUGGGAAGCCACUCCUCCUCCACUUGUGGCUUCUGCAGCCCUUUGGGAGUUCUUCUUAGGGCAUUGCCUCAGUAACCCUUGCAGUAAGCUAGGAGGAGGCAAGGAUGAGGGCGCCUGCAUCAGCAGCGGGGGUCCCCUCCAGGGUGUAAGCCGGCCAUGCCUGCUGAACAGCACCUGCAGCUCCCCGGGGCUGUCAGACUCUCCUGAGGUGCAGAGGACCCUGUCCUGGCAACAGGGGUCUCUCACCUGGCCCCAGGGGUUCUGGAAGGUGGACGGUUUGCCUGACAGGGUUUACUCGCAGCAGGCUGGGCUGUGAUGGAACACUGAACCCUAUAGGAACCCUUCCGUGUGAGCUGGAGUCGGACUGCGCAGACUGGCAGCGGGGGCUGCAGGGAAGGGGCAUGCCGGCAUGGCCCCUGACAGUACCUCCAGGCCCCCUGUUCAGUUGGGACUUGUUUCCAGAGUUGGGGUGAAUAUCUGUAUUUAUUAUUGCCCAUGCCUUGCCUUCCCCACCUUCAUCCUUAUUUCAUUGUGCUUGGAGGAGACCUGACAGCCAGGAACCAGCCUCCAGCAGCCAAGACCAAGCCUGAACCUCGCUUGGCUCCCAGGAGAAAGUUCACUGAAAAAUUACCUUCUGGCCUCUUGUUUAUUCAGAGCAGCCAGCUCAGCGGGGAAAUGGGGAUCUUUUAUGCACCAAGGCUGCUUCUGAGACAGAAAGCAGCAGGGCUCUCAGUGUUUCAUGCUGCCUUAUUUAUAUUAAAGGAAGAAUUAAAUUCUUACAAGAAGGAGAAA